AUGAGGCUCGUGAGGAGCAUGAGACUUCGCUGUCAAGCUGUCAUUGCGGCAAAUGACUAGCAACACAGCGGUGGAUGUUGCGUCGCAUGUAGUGUUCCCAAAACAGCUCCUGGUUUGUGGAGAGUAGUCAUAAUGAUGGCGACAGCGGUCCCGCCAGGUAACUCCAGUUUCCUGCCUCUGCUUGAGUCUCUGGAGGACAACACUGCGGGACAGUCUAGUCAGACCGAUGCUUACCUCACCAUUGCCAAUCGAUUGAGUGGAGAAGAAGGGCGCCAGUUUCUGCCUGCAGUUGAAAAGCACUUUUCCCGUUUGGGUAAAAUUAUUUUGGCUCAUAUAAGUAGUACGAAUGUGGAGUUAAGCCAAGCUGCCCUUCAAGCUUUGGGCUUCUGUGUCUAUCAUUCAAAUGUCGUCUCAGGAGCGUCAGAAACCUUAGCAGAAGAAAUACUAUCAGCACUUUGCUCAUUGGUGGUGAAGUCAACAGAUAAGAAUACAUGUACCAGAGCAUUAUGGGUGAUCUCCAAGCAGAACUUUCCUUCAAAAAUAUUAGCAGCAAAAGUACCUUCAGUGUUAAGUGCAUUGGAAAGUGUGUGGAACAGAGAGGACAUCCAGUCUGUUGUAAUGGAACAUGAAGCCCUAAAUGUUGUGAUCAGGAUGUUGGAGCAGGUACCCACACAGAUGGGAGAAGGGGCAGUGCGGUGGGCCAAACUGAUUAUCCCUCUGGUGGUGCACUCUGCCUCUAAAGUGCGCCUCAGGGCAGCAGCUGCACUGGAGAUGGGCAUGCCUCUACUACUAGAGAAACAGACACAAGUGGCUGCUAUCAUUGAACCACUGAUGUCCACUAAAUUGAUCCCAGAGCUGCAGAAGCUUUUCAUGACCAAGAAUGAAACUAAUGUUCUAAAGCUUUGGCCUUUAUUUGUAAGAUUACUUGGAAAGCUUUUACAUAAAGGAGGUCCAUUUAUAAACUCAUUGCUACAUUUGGAGGAGCUUGGUUUCCGUAGUUCAUCUCCAACAAUUAAAAAAAUAGCUUUUCUUGCCUGGAAGAGUUUGAUAGACAACUUUGCACUUAAUCCAGAUAUUCUGUGCAGCUCUAAGCGUAUGAAGCUGCUGAUGCAGCCUCUCUCGUCCAUCAAUGUCAGGACAGAGCCUCUGCUGCUUACUAAAGUGGAAGUCUGGUGGUACCUGGUUGUUCAACUUGGUCCAAACUUGGCUCCUAACUUUGAUGUGGUUUCAGUUCCUCUGCUCCAAAGCACAAUUGGCUGUGAAUUCGUCACAGUUCCUGGAACUCCAUCUAGAGGUGGAAUUCCAAAUGGAGGACAUGCACCUGGCACUCCCAAGAAUGGUGCCAUGGUGCUGAACACCUCACUGGGAACUCCACGGAUAAACCUGAACUCCAGCGUCAGCGCUCCAUUUACCUUCCCCGCCAUCCAGCUCCUGGGUCUGGAGAUGCUCCUGCACUAUUUGAUGGGCCCUGAGGUUGUAGCUGCUGCAGCAAAGAACAAUCUUAACCUCAGCCUUGAGCCCCUAAGGCACCCCUUUCUGUCUGGCACAUCUUCUUUUACUAAACAUGCUACUGUGCUCAUCACGUGUGUCACAGAUGGAGUUAUUGGGAUUGGCAAAGAUGCACCUGAGCCUCUUCUUACACUCAUAUGGGCAAGUCUUGUUCGGUUUGUUAACUUCUCCAUUGAAUCGGUUGGCUCUAAAAAAGAUCGUCAGGGUUGUGAAGUGCUAACCCUCACUCUUCAGGCACUUCACAGUAUUGUCAUGUCUGAAGCUCUACCUGCUAGAAGAGUGUUGUUUUUGCUUGAGGCUACUGUAAAAGGCAUUCCUCCAAGAGUACUGGGCUCUGCUUCAUAUCAAGUGGGAAAAAUGGAUGUUUUAAAUGGGACACCAGCUCUUUUUCUUAUUCAACUCCUCUUUGACAGCAGCAUGUUGUCUGCCUAUGUUGAAGAUGAGAGAUUUGUCCCGUGCCUUCAAACUCUGGUGAACUGUGGUCUUUCGGGGCCUACCUCCCCUCUGGCUUUUGGAGAGGCAGUGUUAAGUGCCAUCAAACGUAGCUCAGGUACUGUUCAAAACAAAGAGCAGCUAUGGAAGAUGUGGAGCGUUGUUGUCAGCUCACUAACUGACACUGUCACACAGUCUAAUGAGGUCAACCAAGGUGAUGCUUUGGAACACAAUUUCAGUGCCAUGUACUCUGCUCUGAUGUUUCCAAUUACUCACCUCCUAGAUGGCUCAUCCCUCCAACAGGCAUCACAAAAGUCAAUGUUGUCCAUAUGGUCCAAGCUGUACAAGGUUUUUGCUCGCUGCUCUGCACUGGUGAUCACUGCUGAGGAAAACAUUUGCUGUGAGGAGCUCUGUACCAAAAUGGCUGCUGCAUUGGACAAGGACACUCUUAUGGUUCCACCAACAUUAAAUGUGGUUUCGAAUAUUCUCCAAGUGAUUAUUGAGAGUGUGGACUUCACGCCCUACACACCACAUUUUCAGCAGAAGGUUAAAUCUCCUCACACUCCAGUGAACUGGAUGAAAAAGAGGAACAAAGUUUUGGGGAACCUGUCCACAUUCCAGUCUCUGGUGGUUCAGUGUCUAAACGUGUUUUUGGAUGAAUGUAGCGCCUUGUCUGAGGCCACAGGCACCGUGCUGGUGUCCAUCCUGUCCACUCUUUUCUCUAACCUGGUCCUGGCCAAUGCAGUGCAAGAGCUGCUCAUCACUGUGGUACAGCCCCUCACACAGCUCUACAGACAGACAGCCACUGAACCAGCCAAGUUCACCUCACAGUUUGUGGCUAAAUUGGAGAAGCUCCUCUCUGAGGCCCUGAGCUGCCUGCAGUCCCGCUCUACUCUGGCAUUUAACUCUGAGCUGCUGGAACAACUGUGUCCUCUGCUGUGUGUCCUUUUCUCUCACAAAAACAAGCACCUCAGAACCACUGUCGCACAGUUCUGGAACGCUUCUUUUGCAAACUCGGUCAGCCUCAUUUACCCGGAGGAGCUCAGACCUGUUCUGAGCCAGGUGAAGCAAAAAACACCUAUCAUCCUUCCUGGUUUUGAAGUGGUCAGUGUACCUGAUGAACUCGGUGGGCAGGAUUCAUCUGAAUGCUCUCAACUAGAAACAAAGCUCAGUGGUAUUCCCAUUUCCUCUGUGGGAAAGAGGGAUUCGCUUUUGGGCAAGAGACCUGAGGCAAAGGAUCGAACCUCCAGCAAAACAUUAAAACUAGUUUCAACAAAACUAGACUUUGGCUCUCCUAAACCUCCUCGCCGAAAUGUCCUGGAGGAAGAGGCGUCUGUAGACUUUGUGUUCAUCCCUCCAGAGACAAAGGAGCGAGUUUUGACUGAGCAUCAGAAGGAAGUGAAACGAACAAAAAGGGUGGACAUUCCUGCCAUGUACAACAACCUUGAUGCAUCUCUGGACACCACAGUUUUCACACAGUACACACAGAGCCAGGAAGAUUCAGUGGAAAUAUUGCCAUUGGAGCAAAAGGGUGAAAUUACCAGAGAAGUGGAGACUUCUGUGAAGGCUUCUACAACUGAGCCAACGAAUGGAGCUGGUGAAACUGAAGUUGUGGCAAUGGAGACCCAAGACUUUUCCAGUCCAAAAUCCGAAGUGCAGAAGUCAUGUGAGGAUGACCAGCAGGAUGAGGUUGUCCCCGAGUCCACAGAUGUGUCUAUGGAAGAGGCAGCCCAGAAUGAGGAAACAAUUAAAGAAACUAACUCACAAGCUAAUGACAGCCCAAAUAUGUCUUCAGAUUUGUUGUUGGGUACACCACAGAAAAGCAGGCGCCAACCCUUCAUCACGCUGGAGAAAUAUGCAGAUGGCAAAUCCUCCAGCCCCAGCACUGGAUUCAUAGGGCUGUUGGUUAAAACAUCAAAUAGUCAAAAGAUUUCUCCCUCUGCUCCUUGCACAGUGGACAGUUCAAACACACAGAACUUGCAAAGAGAAAAGGCAAAGACCUCAGUUGAUGGUACACCAGAAUCUCCUCGUCUGCCCAAAGAUGGCAGAGAAAUUAAAGGAGUGAAACUGACUGACCGACUUCCAAGUGACAACACUGAGGAUGAGGACAUGAUCCCAGACACACAAACUGAAACAGAGACUGAAGAAAAAUCCAAUUCUCAGGAAAGUCAGUCCUCAAAACAAGAGGAAGAAUCAGAUGCUGACUCUCGGUCAUCUCAGGGAGAGCCAAGACGAUCUGGCCGACAGAGGGUUCGACCGCUGCUGCCCGGAGAAGAUCCUGAAGAGCGAGAUCAGAAAUUUGCACAUCUCAAAAGAAAGCGCUCUGCUGAGGGUGUUAAAGCAGAUUCUCAAAAGUCUAGUUCUGUCAAAGUUAAACAUAACACAAGAAGCAAAUCUGUGGAAGUAGAUGAUACCAAAGAGAGGCUGAGAACAAGAACUCAAAGGGAAAAGGAGUUGAGUCAAACUGGCUCAGGGAAAAAGAAGGUGAAACUCUUCAGUGGUUCCCAGGACUUCACGGAUAAACCUGAAAGAAGAAAAAGUUUGAGAGAGUCUAGCCAAAGUGACUUGGAGUCACAGUCUGAAAAUGAAAGCCAGUCAUUGGGAAAACCUCUGCGCAAAAGCAAAUUAACACCUAGAGACGUAGAGAUGGAUGAUAAAGUGAAGGAAAAAAAUGAAACUGCAACAGUUGAACAAAGUACAGAUAAGGCUGAAUACCAGUUGGAGAGAGUAAAUGACAGCAACCCCAAGUUAUCACCAAGCUCACAGGCUGUUGUUGUAAUGAAAAAAAUAGAUGACAAUUUACAACCAAGCCCCAAUUCCACACCAGACUGCAUAUCAGAUGACAAAGUUGAGCUUGAAAAAGAGGUUGAAAAAUCUCAGUUUGACUGUACGCAAGUUGAAGAUGCCAAUGUUCUCAAUGAAGCAUUCACUGUCUGUCAACCACAAAUCAAUAAUCAAAAUAACAGUACCACAAAUGAGCCUCAAGAUGCAGAAACAGAGAUGCAAAUGACUGAAGAGCUUAAUCAAGAAGACUACCAGUCAGUUUCUUCUCACAGCCAAUCUCGCCGCAGCUCCAGAAAGAGCAAGUCUUUAUCUGACCCUGCUGAAAUAAAAACUCCUGAGGACCAAAGUAAACCCUCAAAUUCCAGUUCACACGGGAACACCAAGACCAAUGUCAGGACCAGGAGGAGCAUGGUGCAGGAAGAUCACACGAAAUCUAAUGGUCCUACACCAGAGAAUACACACUCCCAAGACGGUUCACAGUCAGUGGAAUCUGAGUCUUCCCAGGGCAUGAGCAGGCGGUCCACACGGAGUAACUCUGCACUGCCAGAGCUGAAAGAGUCUCAAACUUUUCCAGUGGUUAAAAGGAAAGGCAAGGGCUCUAAAAUCCUCUAUGGACUUAGUCCUCUAACAUUUGUAUCUGAUGAUAAAAGUAAAGAUGAUGAUUCAAAAGCCAGUCCGGACGUAUCUCAGACAGAAAACUGUAAAAGUUUUUCAAUGGGAAAUUCAGAAGAUACUGGGGAAAAUCAGGAAACUGAAAUUCCAAAGGAAAAUACUGACGAACCAAAAGUGAAAGAUGUGGAAAUGAAGGUAGAAAACUGUUCGGGUAGUGAAAACCCUUUGCCUGGCAAGACUGAGGAACAGCAAAUGCACUCUGAAGAUGAAACUGUAGAAUCUCCACAGCAAUGUAACAGUCUUGGUAUGGCUGAAAAUACUGCAUCAUCAGAGAUGGAGGAACAGCCUGAGAAGAAAACUGAACUCUCCACUGGGGAAGAGCAACCUCCUUCACCUAAAAAGGAGGAUAUCUGUGAGGCUUUGGAGACCCCUGAGGUUGCUGUGGAGGCUGUAGAUGUGACUGAAGAAAGGCAAACACAUUUAAAUGAAAACCGUGGUGAUUCCGAAGCUGAGAUAGAAAAAGACAAUGAGACUGGUGCUGAACCUUUGGAGGCACCCUCUGACCCCACUGCAGAUGAGCUGUCAAAGGAGGAGGAGACAAAAACAACAGAAGGGUCACAAGACCAACCCGUGGAGGUCAGUGAAGGCGCUACACCCAUUCAGGACAACUAUGAAGACAAAGCUCAGGUCAUGGAGAGUGAGGAAAAGACUGAGGACCAUGUGGUAGAACAGUCUGAGGUACUUAAAAUAACAGGGACAACAGAUGUUGCUGGAGAGGUUCCCUCUGUAACUACAGCUGACAAUGGGCUCCCAGCCUCCCCACUGAAGCAGAGGGACCUGGAGGCAAUCACAGGGCCAGAGGCGGGACAGAGCCCGAACAGUCGGACCAAAGGGACAUGGUCUCCCACAGCGUCGCCAUCCACCAGUAUUCUCAAAAAGGCCCAGAAGAGGGCACUAGAGGCAGAAACUCCCUCACCCCUGGUCAAGUCACGAAGAGUGUCAUUUGCUGAUCCAAUCCAGCAUCAGGAACUGGCUGAUGAUAUUGACCGGCGUAGCCCUGCUCUCAGAACAAGCUCCCCAAGACGAACCAAGAUGGGUGUCGGCAGCAUCCCCCAGCCUAAAUUUGUCACAACACCUACAAAAGGAUUAAUCACUUUGAGUCCCAGAAAUCUGAAUAGUCCUGGCUAUAAAAGCUCCAAGAAAUGCCUGAUUUCUGAAAUGGGUCAAGAACCUCGUCCUGUAUCUAAAGACUGUAUCUACCCUGCUCUGGUGGGCUGCACUGCUCCUGUGGAGGCGGUGCUUCCGCAGAUAGCCUCGACCAUGUGGUCUCGUGGUUUUGGACAAAUUGUUAGAGCAAGAAAUAUCAAAACCGUUGGUGACCUCAGCGCUCUUACGCCCACUGAAGUUAAGGUUCUGCCAAUUCGCUCACCAAAAAUUUCCAAUGUGAAGAAGGCUCUGAAAAUCUACGAACAGCAGCGCAAAGGCAGAGGUGGGGACGAGUUGAAGAGUUUUGAUGAGACUGAGCUGAUGACCUCUGAAGUAGAGGAGGCCAGCACUGCUCAAAACCAGGUUGAGGACCAAAAAACUCCACACACAUUAGCCACAGAACUGGUGUUUGAUGCCAUCUCUGCUGAGGAGAAGAUGGAGCAGGACUGUUCCGUACCCAUCCACCCCCCCUCUGGCCCUCAGACCUCGGAAGACCUGGUCCCAAGGCCAUGCCUUGUGUCUGAGUUUGAGCUCCUCCACAGACGGACCACCCCUGAGGCUCUGACCCACUGUACCCCUCAGCAACUCCUCCUCAUGCACCAGCAGCUCGCAGACAUGAUGAAGACUGUGGUGUUGGAGAUGCACUCAAAGCUUUCCAAAAGCAACCAAUCACAAUAAGACUGUCUCUGAAAGACUGUUAUUCAAACAAUCACUGCACGGAGUUGUGUCACCAAGCACAAGCUAGACUUCAGAAUCUGUUCCUUCAUUUUUUAUUUUCAACCUAUUAAGAACUACUUGUCUAAUUUGUCAGUUUAAACAUUUUUAAAGAUAAUAUUGAAAUUUUAUUUGGCUAAAAAGAUGAAUAAAUAUUUUUUUAGAAUGAAAACACAGCACAAAUAGCUGUGCUUCAGCUAGUUUUAGAAGACAAAUUACAAAUGACUCAAUAAUUGUUAAAACCUACUAAUGUACAUAAUGCCUUCACCCACUCCAUGUGCCUGUUGUUCACAUGUCAGCUGUCAAUAUGAAUGUAAAUAGUAGUUAUUUUCCUGUAAACUCUUGAAUGUCCUUACUCCAUUUUAUUGUCAUAGUUGUAGGCAUGCCUCACUUCAGUAUUUUAAACUUUUAAAUAUUUCAAUAAAAGACAAGGUAAAUUACUUGGACUGCGAAAACUAA